ACUUUAAUGACCACAUAAAUGUAACGCACAUGCUAAUACUUAACGGAUAGAAAACCAUUUAAUCAAACCAAAGAAAACUUGCCACUGAGAACUCUGGGGGAUUUGAAUGAAGACAAAGUCAUACGUGGAAUUAUGAAGGGAAAAAAGGUACACAAACAAAACAGCAACGUGAACGAGUUGAUGGGAACAAUAAGUGCCGCGGCCCUCCGGCCGGCAGGCGGCGGACUGCGCGGACCGACGCAGCAGAAACCUCCACCGAGGAAGAGGACGCGAGACCCAUAACAACCACCCGAGUUCCAACUUGGGCCAAACUUCACUGCAGCUAAAACAUUGUGUUGUCGUUAUAUUCUGGAAGAUACCGUACAAUGAGGCAGGCGUCUCCCUGCUUGCCGUGGAAGUGGUUUGACGUCGUGCUGAAGCUGGGCGGCUAGUUUGGCCCCUUGGAGCAGAUACUUUAUUUGGGGCUAGCGUCCCGUCGUCCCGUCGUCCCGUCGCCCCGCCGCGGGCCAUGUAACAGCCGCCGCCUGCUCUCUGCCGGCCGGGCCGCCCCAUGGCGCACCGCGGGCCCCCGGGGGCCGCCGAGCGCCACAGCGCGGCGCCGGUGCUGUUCGAGAUCUUCGGUGAGAUUUGGGCCGUCCGGUCGCGGCUCGGCCAGGGCGUCUCGGCCUCGGUGUACCGGGUCAGCUCGGGCAGGGCCGCCGCCACCGCCGCCGCCGUCAAGGAGUUCCGGGCCGACCCGCAGGGAGUAGACUACGGGUAUCGCAAGGAGCGCUCCGUGCUGGAGGACAUCCAGGGGCAUAAAAACAUCGUGACUCUGUACGGCGUGUUCACCAACCACAGCCGCGUGGGUGCCGCCACCCGCUGUCUGCUGCUGGAGCUCCUGGACGUCAGCGUGUCGGAUCUGUUGGUGAGGAGCACCGGUGGUACCGGACCCCAGCGGGGACACUCCUUGUGGCUCGUCCAGCACUGUGCCCGAGACGUGCUGGAGGCGCUCACCUUCCUGCACAGGGAGGGCUACGUGCACGCCGACCUCAAGCCGCGCAACAUUCUCUGGAGCGCCGACGACGAGUGCUUCAAGCUCGUCGACUUCGGCCUCAGUUUCAAAGAGGGAAACCAGGACGUCAAGUACAUCCAGACGGACGGGUAUCGCGCUCCAGAAGCUGAGCUGCAAAACGGCCUCGCUCAGGCCGGGGUGGAGCUGGACGGGGACUCGGGCUGCACUGCCGCCGUGGACAUGUGGAGCCUGGGCAUCGUCCUGCUGGAGAUGUUCUCGGGAAUCAAACUCAAAGACACCGUCCGCUCGCAGAAGUGGAAGGAUAACAGUGCCGCCAUUGUAGACCAGCUUUUUGCCACCAACAGCGCUGCACGCCCUGCCAUCCCUGUCUAUCACCUCAGAGACCUCAUCAAAAGCAUGCUUCUCAGCGAGCCAAAGCAACGAUGCACCACUGAGACGGCCCUGCUGAGCCCCUUCUUCAGUAUUCCCUUUGCUCCUCACAUCGAAGACCUGGUUCUGCUCCCGACUCCUGUCCUGCGCCUGCUCAACCUGAUUGAUGACAGCCAUCUGCACAAUGAGGAAGAGUAUGAAGACAUCCUGGAGGACAUGAAGGAGGAGUGCCAGAAGUACGGCUCCGUGGUUUCUCUGCUCAUCCCCAAGGAGAACCCCGGGAAGGGACAGGUGUUUGUAGAGUACGCCAACUCCAGUGACUCCAAAGAGGCUCAGAGGCUGCUGACGGGACGCACCUUCGACGGGAAGUUUGUUGUGGCCACCUUCUACCCUCUCAGCGCCUACAGAAGAGGUUACUUGUACCAGACGGUGCAGUGAAGGCUUAAGGCUCGAUACAGUCAGCUUCGCUUGCAUGAAAGAACAUCGCGGUGUAGCUCGCCAGGGGUCCAGUUCCUCCCUUUGGGGCUCAGAGCAUGUCGUUCAUGUGGUUUUCUACCUUGAAUCGGUGGUUCUUGCAGACCGUAAACUGAACUCUGCUGUCGUUUCUGCUCCCCGCGGUCGGCCCUACUCUUCACAGUGCCUCAGGCCCCUGGUCUGGGUACCGCGGGCUCCUGUUCCAGCCUCAUGUCCGUCUCUUUCAUGGAGAUGAUCUGGAAAUCCGAUCCGGAUGGCCGGAGCGAAAGCCUUCAUCAAAUGCUGCGUUCCAUUUCAGAACCUUUAGAGGACUUGGUGUCAGGAGUGUGAUUACGGACCGGUAGCAGGGUGACACCGAGCCGAGCGUCCCUGUUUUCCUGUCCCGUAGCCAUGUAGCGUUUUUACUAACCGCAGGGCCUGUGUUCAUCAUCCGUUGAUCUACGAGGCCGUACGUUGAGUUCUCUGCUCUGACUGCAGCACUGAAAGGAACAAGUCAAUGUUUUCAAAUACUUUGAGCCAGUUUGAGCUUCAGGAAAAGGGCCGACGUGUUUGCAUAAUGUGAAUCCUCCAGAUUAAACAGAAUUUUCAGAAUUGUUAGAUAAUGUUUUCUAACUUAUAAAGCCAAGUACGGCCUCUUGAAUUAUAGUGUUCAGCCCCCCCAUGUGUUUAAAUGUUUCUAGCGUCAUUCUGAUAUAUAAAACGGGGACAAUCCGGGUGGACAGAAGUGCAGUUUGGAUUUGCUUUCACCCAAGUUGGACAUUUCUAACUUAGACACGGUGUCUGUGUCCAAUGGAACUACAUAUUUUGCUUCGGCUAUUGUUGUAAGUUUAGUUUGUGCUUUAGCUAUUGGAUCGAUGAGUAGCCUGCAAGCCCUCUUUGCAAAUACGUCUAUCAGUUUACAAGAAAUGUUAUAAUAUUCUGGCAAAUAAGAAAUUAAACAGAGAAAGUGUUAAAUCAGGGGGGCAGUAGCACAUUUUUAUAUAACCGCAUGAUUAUAUCGCACGGAAGCCACAAAGAGUCAGCCUGCACGGUACCUUUAAAAAAAAUAAAAAUAAAAAUCUUUUUAGUGUAAAAUACUUUUUGUUAAAGGUUUUCCUUUCCUUUCCCACCUUCGGGUAACCGUAUAUAUCUGUCACCCAUACAGCCCACUGGGGCCCACGGAAACGUUUGCUUUAUGCAUUCAAGCAUUCAAGCUAGCUAACCAACCAAAAUGCUGCUAUAACGCCAGCUUGUGCUCCACCUGCCUGAGUCUGAUCCUCCAGCAGCCCGGACGCAGAUGCCUCAGAGGACAAUCCCCCAUGUGGCAGAGUCGCCUCUUUAGGCCGCCAGUCACUUCCCAGACUGCGCCAUCUUCACUGAACAGCUUGCAAUGGGUGGGUUUUGCAUUACGAGCAAAGCAACCGCUUCAGUUGUACAAGUGGAGCUGCAUCAAAAACUGUAUGAUUGGAGCAACGUCAUGGACAGGGUGAGUUUACAAAAUGCUUUGACAGACCAAGUAAAGCGAAAUAAAGACACGAGGCAAGAGAGCAGCAGAAAUGCAGGUGACGCAUCGUUCCUUCCCCUCUAAGAAAGUAUAUUUAUAUUGGGAGAAAUUCAUUUAGAAACAGUACUUCAAAAAACAUAUUUUUCUACUACCUUUAUUUGUUUGUGCCUGAAAUGUGAAUUCCAAUGUUUCCACUCGAGAUCGCCGCUGUCCUAAAAAUGUUGAUUUGAAACCACUGGACUCUACCGCACUUUUAAUGUCCGUGACUUGAUCCGCUCUCAACCCUCCAAAGCCUGGUGGUUUUCUGUGUUUUUCUUUUUAAUUCACAAGGAGAUGCAAGUUUGAAUGAGUAAGUGCACGUGCAGAAGGGCAGCCAGCUAUUUACACUGUGGCGUCCAUAUGAUCCGUUCCUAAUAACAACGCCCACAUUAUUUAAGUCUUUACAGAACAUGAAUAAAACAACAUGAAGGCAAUCAAUGGAAUGCUUCAUUGUGACGCAGCCCUUUCCCUGAAGUCAGUCACAGCGACUACUGUGGGCAACAAUCACACUACAACGAAUAACAAACAUUGUUUAUUAAUAUUGUGUUAUAUUUAAAGCUGCAUUAUACUUUUUUGUGUGCCAGAAAGCAAAACAACUCAAUAAGAUGGACUGAAAAGCGUUGUAGAACUGAGAUAUGCAAAGUUGGGUAAAACCCAAAUCUAGCCGUACUAUUUCAAGCGUACGGAAACUACAAAAUGAUUUGAUGAGGAGGGAGAAGUUAAGACCAUCUUAAUGACUUUUGGUUUUAUUUGUACCAGUUUGUUUGAGAGGUCAAACUGGACGGAAAGCAAAGGAUCACGUUUACAGAAAGCACAAGGUGAGAACGUACGAGUCUGUCCGUGCUUUACAGCCGUCCAGUUCAGAACGAGUCGUGGCAAUCCAAUAAUAAAAAUGGUGAUUGAACUUA